UUCAGUGACGUUUAAUGACACGUCUCCGCUACCGAGCUCGUGUUGCGUGUAGUGAUUUUCAUUUUCUUCACAAAUGAUUUAAUAUAAUAACCAUGGGAGGCCAAAAAUUCGAAUAUGAUGAGAGUGGAUCGACAUUCUUUUAUUUUGUGUUAUCAUUCCUCGCUUUAAUAUUAGUGCCAGCGACGUUUUACUAUUGGCCAAGGAAAAGAAAAGAAGAUCCAGCAAAACAAGCAGAAAGAUGUCAAUGUCCAAAUUGUAUAAAGAAACAGUCAAUAAUAGAGCAAUCACAGCCUUACAAAUCUUUAAAGAACUUCCUAAUUAAACUCGCAAUAAUUUCGGGAUGGGUAUUACUCGCAUUUUUAGCAUAUAAGGUGUCACAGUUUGACUACGAAAUGUCUAAUUUUGAUCCGUAUGAAAUACUGGGUUUGCCACCCGGAGCAACUCAGGCUGAAAUCAAGAAGUCUUAUCGUAAGCAAUCUUUGAUACUCCAUCCGGAUAAAGAGACUGGUGAUGAGAAAGCUUUCAUGAAGCUUACUAAAGCUUAUCAGGCUCUAACAGACGACGAGGCGCGACGGAACUGGGAGAAGUAUGGCAACCCGGACGGCCCCGGAGCCAUGAGUUUUGGCAUAGCCCUGCCCAGCUGGAUUGUAGAGAAGGAGAACAGCGUGUGGGUGCUGGGGCUCUACGCGCUGGUGUUCAUGGUUGCUUUGCCCACGGUUGUCGGUACCUGGUGGUACCGCUCCAUCCGCUACUCCGGCGAGCAAGUCCUGCUUGACACCACACAGAUGUACUUCUAUUUCUGUCACAAAACUCCCUCUAUGCCCCUAAAGAGGGCGCUGAUGAUCCUCGCGGCGUCCUGCGAGUUUGACAGGAGACACAACUCUGAGAUUAUAGAGAGAAUCACUGACAAUGAGGAAGUGCCUAUGCUUCUCCGUGAGCUCCCAAACCUAGGGGAGAAGAACAAGGAGCAGCCUCUCUGCCGCCCCUACAGCAUCAAGGCCAGAGCCUUACUCCACGCGCACCUGUCCCGUCUCCGUCUGCCGAGCGAAGCCCUGGACGCCGACAGGCGAUAUAUCGUGGGUCGCUGCCCUGAUCUGAUUGUGGAGAUGGUCAACUGUGUCAAUCAGCUCAUAGCGCUUGCUUACGCCAGGAGAAUACCCCGCCUACCUACCAUAGAAACAAUCGAAAACUGCAUGAAGCUCUCCCCCAUGAUAGUCCAAGGCCUCUGGGAGUACAAAUCCCCCCUCCUCCAGCUGCCGUACAUCACAGAGGACCAUCUGAAGUACUUCACGAGCCGAAAGAAACACAUCAAGUCGCUGUUACAAUUGGCACAGUUGCCUGGAGACGAGCGGCGGCAAGUUAUGAGGUUUUUGAACGACAAGCAAUAUGAUGACGUCAUCAAAGUGUUGGGGAAUAUGCCUUAUAUACACUUCCAGGUUAAUACUGAAGUAAUCGACGACGAAAAUUCAACUGUUGUGACGGCGGGCGCCAUCGUUACUGUCACAGUUUUCCUGAGAAGAACCAAUAUGAAGGAGUUGUUCGGUGACUCCAGCAUCAAGGAGAAGAAUAUCGAGGACGACGAGGAAGGCAACGGUGAUGCGAAAAAGGGAGAGAACGACAAAACCGAGGAAAAUGACAAGGACAAAAAGGAGGUUUCGAAGAGGCCCGUAUGGAUGAAACAGCAGGCCAAGCGAGCGCCGGCCAAGAAGGGCAAGAAGCCAGCGCCGGCCAAGCAGGCAGCCAAGCCCGCACCUGAACCAGCGCCAGAAGUCAAGGAGAACAAGGAACAGAAGGAGAAGGAGCCUAAGAAGAAGGAGCCAAAGAAGAAAGAUGAUGAAGAGGAAGAUUCAUCAGACGAAUCCAGCGCGGAAGACUCAGAGUCCCACGACUCAGCGUCCGAGGAGUCCCGCAAGUCUUCAGGGGAAGACGACGACCAAUGGGACAAGUUCCAGAAGCGAUUGCAUAAGCGGGAGCGGUUAGAGGGCCGCUCGCGCUCGUCGCACCCUGUGCACUGCCCUUACUACCCCCAGGACAAGCAAGAGUAUUGGUGGUGCUACAUCUGCGACCGCAAGUCGCACACGCUGCUCACGGCGCCGGCGCACGUGACGGCCCUCCUGCACGAGACGGAGCUGCAGCUGCGUUUCACGGCCCCGCGCUGGCCGCAGCUUUAUACGCUUAGCGCUUGUUUGCGCUCAGACUCGUACAUCGGCAUGGACCAGCAACUGGACCUGAAGCUGGACGUGAAGGAGGCAGCCGCCGUCCCGCACGAGCACCCGCAGUGGGACCUGUCCGACACCGACUCCGACAACCAGGACCAGGGUGGAAACGAGAGCGAGUUCACGACAGACGACGAGGUGGAAGAGGAGUAGCGGUACUAAGUUAUUUUUAUAGAGUUUAUUAUGACUGUAGCUGUACGUGGGAGUGAAUGGAAUAAAUAAUGUUUUUAUGAAAAA